AUGUAUAAAAUAAAGAGAAGAAGCAAUGAUAGCUUUAACGAUUCAAAGGCAAAAACCCCCGACCUUAAUUAUAGACAUUGGGAAAAUACCGACAUAAACAUGUAUGAAAAUAAUUCAGAGAAUAAUAAUAAACACGAUUUUUACAAAAAGCAUAGUCACAAUAUUUCUACCAGUGAUGAUAACAAUGAUAAAGUUCCAAAUUUUGGGAAUAAUAAAAAUAUUUCGAAUUUAAAUGGAUCUCAUAAUUCGAGUAGGUUAAAUAAAAUGAAAAAAUAUAAAAAUAAAAAGCAUAAAACACUAAACCCUAAUUAUAUGGAUAUAACUAAUAAAAGAAAUAAUAUAGACUUAGAAUCAUAUAUGAUUAAAGGGAAAAAAAAAAACGAUUCUUUGAAUAAUAAUAUAAUAAAAAAUUCAAAUAUAGAAUUAAAUAAUAAAUUAAAUCCAGCAUUAACAUUAGUAGCAUCUAAAGCAGUCAAUGGUUUAUUGGAUGGUGUUCAUAAACAUAUGCAAGGCCCUUUUGCUUUGAGUUCAGAUCCUAAUGGAAAUUCUCCUUUAGCUCCACAAAUUCUAACUCCAAAUUUAUAUCCAAAUAUACCUAAUCCUUUUAAUUUAAAUAAUGGCAUUCCCCAACCUACUGCCCCGCCAAUAACUAUUCCCGCACCUUCACCUCAAAAUUCAUCACAAAAUGUGCCUCAAUCUAUACCAAGUCAAUCACAACUUCUUCCUAAUAAUUCUCCAAAUAAUAUCGUUUCUACAUCUGGGCAAGGAAAUAAUUCACCUAACAUGCCAAUGCCUGCUACUCAAUUAACUUACCAACAAUCUGAUAAUUUUCCAAAUCUUAUGUCUGCAAAUCAAAUAGCUCAAAACCCUGCUUUUAAUAUUCAUCCUACAGCAACUAACCUUCGAGACAAUCCUGGAAAUGUAAAUUAUAAUGAGGUUGUAACUAUAACAAUUGGAAUAGUUAUUUGUCUUUUUCUUUUUUGUUUUAUUUUUGGGUGUUUAACAAAAAUGUGCAAACCGGCCAAAAGGAGACGAUAA